GGCAGACCUGUUACACUUGCCUGAGUUAGGCAUUGUUUGCCAUGCCACUAAACCUGCCGCCAAGUGAAACCUUCAUUGGGGAAAUGAGAUCGGAGUCUGAACCGCAGAAGAUGGACGCCCUGUCUCUGUUUUUUAUUGUUUUACUUUAAUUUCAUUUUCUUUUCUUUAUUUUGUCCCUUUUUUGUUUUUGUUUUUGUUUUUGUUUUGUUAAAUCUCUUUCACUUUAACUUGUGAGCUGGUUUUCCAGUUCUUUGUAAAUGGUAUUCCAUUAAGGUUUCAUGACAUUGCAAUGCAAAUUAUAUUGGGAAAUGGUUAGAAGAGCUCAACCUUAAUAUUAAAUAAAUUUCAUGCAGUAAAUUAGAAUACAGUGUUGGUUGGAUGCCCAGAAUGAGUUUAACUGGUGUUUAUAGACUAAUGAAGUACAUUUUAUUCUUGAAACAGGGAACAAUGAUAGUCUCAGGACCACCCCCUAGUCUUAGUGCUACGCUGCUGCAGCCUGCCCUCAUCCCCCCCCCCCCAGGUCUAUACAUUGUUCCUAAAAACCAGUUGAUACCUUCUAAUUUUAACCCUCCCCCUUAGAAUUUAGGCAUUUAGGGAAAUUGGUAAAUUUUUAAAAACAGUAGUGGGAUACAGAGUAAGAAGAGACUCUCACUUUUAUGAUGAGUAAUUAGAGAUGAAAUUUUAUUUCCUUAAAGAAUCAGUUGCCUAUGCGGGGAAUGAAUAUCUGAGAAAUUGUUGAUUAUUUGCAUGUGUGUUCACUGUUUGCUUGAAAUUUUUGUUGAAAAAUAUUUAGAGGUAACUAACUUCUAAGUGGGUCCAGAGAUUGGGACUAGUAUUUUAAUACUGUGAAAGAUAAUGGUUUUCCUUGGUUGUCCUUGAGAAGUAUAGUUUAGGAAAAAUGCUAAAUGCCUGGUUUAUAAUCCUAUAUACUCCUGUAGCGUUUGUAGGGUCAAUUUAAAGAUAUUUUGGCUUGGAAGUCAAAGUGAGAUUUUUUUUUUUUUCCUAAAAGUAUCUUUCAUAUUAAGCUGUAUCAAGAAAUUUAAAUUUGUAAUAAUUUACUACUACAGUGAGAAGCAGUGUCAGGCAACUUACUAAUAAUUUUUAAGCCAAAAUGAAAGAAGUUUCACCUGUAUUUUUAGAUAGUCUUUUUUGUUUAUAUAGUUUUUCUAUACUGUUUGGUAUGGAUAGUUUUGCUAAUUUAAUUGACAAAGUGACAUUGCUAGAUUAAAUCUUUUAAAUGUAUAAAUUAGGGUUUGCACAUCAGAAUUUCGGUUGAUUUUUCAAGAUGUGCUCAGGUUUUAGAUAUUUGAAAAGUACCUAUUUGUAGCAGAUGAAACUGGUCUGAUAGCAAUAUAAAUAAUUAAAAAGUGGAUGUACAGCUAAAUGUAAAAAAAUAGUAACUAAUACAAAGUAGUUUUAUGUCUGCAGUAGGCUACUUUUUAAUCUAUUGUAAUGCAUGUGUUAAAAUCUGUGCUUUUACAAUUUACUUUGAGAUAAGUAAUUUUAGAUUGAAAAACUAAACUAAUAUAGACUUAGUGGUUAGAAAGCUUUAAAAAAGGUUUUUGCUAAUGUAAUUUUUAUAUUUUUAUAAAUAAGGUGUAAUCUAUUCUUUAAAUGAAAUUUUAAAAUUCAUCUUGACUUCUGUUUGUAUUUAGAGAUAAUUUGGAUAAUAAUGUUUAGAAAUUUAUCCCUACACAUUGGUUGUUUUAAAUAGAUUUUUGCCACUAGACCCCACUAUGGUGUUUUGGAAAAUUUACUUCACUUGCUCUUUUCAGUUUAGCAUGUUAUUGUACACUGUUUUAAAUUACUUUUGAAAAUUCAAAAUGGAAUUGUAUAGUCAGCUACCAUAUAAUACAAACAGUUCUUAUAAAAUAAAUAUAUAUUGUUAGCUUUUAAAGAAAUUUUGGGGGUUGGGAUAGACAAAAGAAGACCAGGGGGGAAAUAUGUGAAAAUUGCAGUCUAUUAGAAUUAAUUGUAUUUCAUUAAUUGGAGUGUUUGAGUAAAGUCUUCAUUUUUUAACCAUAGAAAUUUGUUUAAGUCAUAGGAAUUAGUGUCUAAAGUUAUUUUAGUGGAGUUGUUAGGCAAUUUAAAUGUUUAUAAGUAAACCUUUAGGCAUUAAUGAUCCCUCUUCAGAUAAGUAUACAUGAAUUUAUUCUAAAGUUAGUGUAAAAAGAUGACUGAGAAUAGGGAACUUUUUUGGUUAAUCAUGCUUGAAAAUGUUAGAGUUUCAGAGGCAUUUUCUUGGGAACUGAAUUUUUGGGGGCACCUCUAUUGUUGGUGAGUUGCCAUAUUAAUGAAACAAGUGAAAGCCUCUGUUGAAGCUGUUAAAUUGCUGUAGGCUGUAGUUUUUUUCUUCUGUCUACUUGAAUAGAGUCUUUAGGAAUAUUAUCAAAAUAUUUGCAUCACAAGUAGGUAGUUUCAGUAACAGGAGCACUCGGUGAGGGACAAAUUUCAAUUCGCACAUAUUUGUUUUUUCUUUUUCUUUUUUUUGACUAAUUUGGUUAUUUGCCAUUUCUGGGGAUUAAACUUUAAAAAAUGUUCUUCUUUUCUGUAUCUGAUGUUCUGUGUGCUAUUAGUGAUGCAGCCAACACGAACGGUUGUCAUGUGUAACACAACUUUCGAUCACCGCGAAAACACCGUCCUGGGAAAGCGUCCAUGCUUGAUAUCGUUUGGUUCAUGAACAUUAAGUUUCCAGUACAGGUAAAAUUCCAGAGGAAUCCAAAGCCCUUUCUCUAUUGGCUCCUGCACCAACCAUGACAAGUCUGAUGCCUGGUGCAGGCUUGCUUCCCAUACCCACUCCAAAUCCCCUGACUACACUGGGUGUUUCACUUAGCAGCUUGGGAGCUAUACCAACAGCAGCACUAGACCCCAAUAUCACAUCUAUUGGAGAGAUUCCACAGCCUCCACUUAUGGGAAAUGUCGAUCCUUCCAAAAUUGAUGAAAUUAGGAGAACAGUCUAUGUUGGCAAUCUGAAUUCCCAGACAACAACAGCUGAUCAACUACUUGAAUUUUUUAAACAAGUUGGAGAAGUGAAGUUUGUGCGAAUGGCAGGUGAUGAGACUCAGCCAACUCGAUUUGCUUUUGUGGAAUUUGCAGACCAAAAUUCUGUACCAAGGGCCCUUGCUUUUAAUGGAGUAAUGUUUGGAGACAGGCCACUGAAAAUAAAUCACUCCAACAAUGCAAUAGUAAAGCCCCCUGAGAUGACACCUCAGGCCGCUGCUAAGGAAUUAGAAGAAGUAAUGAAGCGCGUACGUGAGGCUCAGUCAUUUAUCUCAGCAGCGAUUGAACCAGAGUCUGGAAAGAGCACUGAAAGAAAAGGCGGUCGAUCUCGUUCCCAUACCCGUUCAAAAUCCAGGUCUAGCUCAAAAUCCCAUUCUAGAAGGAAAAGAUCAGAGUCAAAACACAGGAGUAGAUCUCAUAAUAGAUCACGCUCAAGACCAAAAGAUAGACGAAGAUCUAAGAGCCCACAUAAGAAGCGCUCUAAAUCCAGGGAGAGACGGAAGUCAAGGAGCCCGUCGCAUUCACGGGACAAGAGAAAGGACACCCGAGAAAAAAACAAGGAAAAGGAAAGAGUCAAAGAAAAAGAUAGAGAAAAGGAAAGGGAAAAAGAGAGAGACAGGGAAAAGGAACGAGAAAAGGAAAAAGAACGGGGUAAAAACAAAGAUAAAGAGCGGGAAAAAGACAAGGAAAAGGACAGAGAAAGAGAGCGGGAGAAAGAUCAUGAAAAAGACCGAGACAAAGAGAAAGAAAAGGAACAGGACAAAGACAAAGAACGAGAGAAGGAAAGAUCCAAAGAGAUAGAUGAGAAAAGAAAGAAGGAUAAGAAAUCCAGAACACCACCCAGAAGCUACAAUGCCUCCAGAAGAUCUCGUAGUUCCAGCAGGGAGAGGCGGAGGCGGAGAAGCAGGAGUUCUUCCAGAUCACCAAGAUCAUCAAAAACCCUAAAAAGGAAAUCUUCCAGGUCUCCAUCACCUAGGAGCCGAAAUAAAAAGGAUAAAAAGAGAGAAAAAGAAAGGGACCACAUCAAUGAAAGAAGAGAAAGAGAACGUUCAAAUUCUACAAGGAAGAGUUCUAAUGAUAGAGAUGCAAAGGAAAAAUUGGAGAAGAACAGUACUUCACUUAAAGAAAAGGAGCACAAUAAAGAACCAGAUUCAAAUGUGGGCAAAGAAGUAGAGGAUAAGGAUGCAGCAAGGACUGAGGAAAACAAAGUACAGCAGAAUGGGAAUUGUCAGCCAAAUGAAGAGAGCCUCUCUACCAAAUCAGAAACAGUAUAGAAGUGACAAAUGCACCUCUGAAAACAACGCUGGAAUGAAAUCCAAAGCUUUUAAUUCUCUCAGCAAGAUGUUAAGCAGUGAAGAAACCCAGUUGAACAGAAAGAUGGGAACAGCUUUCCUGAUUUUUAGGAGACUCUGUGCCAUCUUGUUACUGAGUAAGAAAAUUAAGCAUGGACGUCUUGAAAAUAACAGAUGUUACUCAAACUCUUCAUCUUCUAAAAUCUUCCAUGGUGGCGGACACACAUGUCAUGUGGUUUGUUAGUGUUUGCCAAAAAACUACAGAUAAACAGAACAUAAAAGAUCUAAUAUUACACUAUCCAUAAAGACUGGAGAUAAACGAAGGUUCUUUAAAAAAAGAUGCUAGUUACUGAAUUUUGUAUUGUUUUGCUUUCUUUUUAAAUUUCAAUAUAUACAGAUUGAUGAUGUGCUUGAAAUCGGUGCAAAUAUAUACACACCCUUGUAAGUGCAGAAUAUGUAAGACGUUUUAUUAUUACUUAACAGAAUUUACAGUGGUUGUGUUAAAUUUUCACUAUUGUGUUUCUUUUUGCUCACGGUCGAGGCAAGUUUUUCUUUAAAAUAGUUUUACAGAUAAAAAUUGCUUUAAUAAGUGGAUUAAAAGAACAACUGACAAUGCAUGCUACUGUUCUCUUUCAAAGGGAAGAGCAACUGUGUUGAAUACUAACAGUGCAUUAGUAUUCAUUGUUUAGAAUCAUUGGGUCUCCCCACACAGUAAGCAUUUCAUUUUGAGUUUUCUUGACAUUUCAAACCUUAUUAUGAAUAAUACUGCAGUGUAUUUUGUCAGCUGUAGAUGGCUAAGGUGCCAUUAUAAACAAAACAAAACCCGAGUUUUCAAAAUGGGCUAUGGGAGCACAAGCUAAAGCUUCAGUGCCUUCUACAACAUGGUAUACUGUUUUUCUAGAAUUUUAUAUAUGGUAUUCAUUCUCAGUUCGUGGAAUUUAGAUGGUUAUUCCUUUCACUCCCAUAGAGAAGUGUGCAAGUAGUAUUUCAGAAGAGCUUAUUCCAUCUUAUAAAGAGAGGGAAGUCCUGUUUCCAGCAAUGAAUUUAAUGAUUAAAACAACAGUGCUGUUUUGGGACCAUCAGUUUUAUACUGUGAUAAUUAAAAAUGAAGCAUGUUCUUAUUUUACUUAAAAUCAGAGUAGUAAAUCCUUCAGUUGUCUAUUUUUGGAUGGCCUUAAUUAUUACCUUCAAUCAUUAUUUCAUAAAGUGGUUGUAUGGUUGGUUGUCCUACACUUAACAGUAUGUUCACCUGAGUUUAAAAAUAUAGGUCACCUGUUCUUAGACUCACUUUUUGCAGAAAGUAUGCAAGUAGUAAAAUGACAACAUUGCUAAUAUUUUCCCAAAAAACUUAAUUCAUAGUUGAGGAACUUUUCAUCAUUAUAAUUCAAAAAGAGAUGCUUUUAAAUUAGCAUAUUAUUUUGAAAUUAAGUAUAAUUAUUCUCAUGCAUUCUGUUACAAUCAAAUUACUCAGUUGCCUUACCUCAUGGGAAGAGUGAGUUAGAGAUUUGAAAAAAGCUUAGUGGCACAUUGGUUACUUGGUUCCAACUUGAAUUUUCUUUUAAUGUUGAUGAUACUGUUGAAAGUAUUUGGUGGUAAAUGAAAAGAAUUGUCCUUGUUACAAGUAAUGAAGUUUGAUUAUGAAGCUGCUUAAUUACUCCUCCUGUUUUCAGAAUUACUGUUUUUCCAACCCCUCCCCCUUUUGUCACUGUAUAUAUUAAAAUUUUUGAAGAUGCUUUACUAUGUAAAGUAUAAAUGGUCAUUGUAAUCAUUCAGCCACAUACGGUUGGCUGGUAAACAGCUUAUUUCUGAUACUAGGAUGCUUGGGUGCACAUGGAAAGAUUGAAGGAGUGCGUGUCUUGCAUCAACAACUGUCUUAUUUAUAAUAUGUAAGUAGAAUAGAGCAAAUGUUUGGAUCUUUGUUAUUUUUAGUACCAUUUCUCUAAUAAAGCUAAGUAUUUCAGAGGAAAGUAUUUGUUUAUGCGUUUCCACACAGCCUUAGUUUUAUUAUCUUGUUUCAGAAAUUGUUUUGCAUGGAGAGUACAUGUUUCUGUGGUGUCUAUAAAACAAUCAUUAAAAGUCUGAGUCAUUUUCUGUACCCUUAACUUUUUUUUUAAAUGUUGGUAAUUAGCAUAUUUAAUUUGGUUCCUGCUGUUAUUUUUCUUGCUGAUAUAUAUUCACUUUUAAAAUGAUUAAAAUAAUUUUUAAAGACUUAUUUGUAAAAGUUGAACUUAGGUAAAAAAUACAGGAGAAAGUGAAAUCAUUUUUAAAACGGGCUUAAGCAAAAAUACCAGGGUGUAGAAGUAUAGGGAGAGGAUGGGGUAGGGGUGUUUGUGGGUAAAGAGGCUAUACAUGUAUCUUUUUAUUGACUUAAUAAGUGUUAAUAUCUUUUUUGUUUUCUUUCAAGGUAUUUUGUGUUUUCUUUUAUGUAUUACCUCUUUUUCUUUAUCCCAGAUAGAUGUCAGGAAACCUUGAGGUAAGGCCAAGAAUGUAGUCAUUUUACACUUGUUACCUUCUGUAAUUAUCUUUUUCAGCUUAAUUAUACAGAGAGUAUACUCUCUUCUUUAAAUUGUAGUUGCUGUUCAUCAUUUUAGAACAAUUCUGUUGGUCCUCUUGUUCUUUCUUUCAGCAGUGCACACUGAACUGGUAACAUAAGAUCCUUCAUAAGCUAGAGAAAACAAGUAUAGAUCUGUCUAUAAUUGUAAAACUAGUCAGGUUGUGGUUUUUCUAUUCAAAAUUAUUUUUUCAGGGGAUUUAAUAUUAAUUUUCAGCCAUGUCAGAGGCUUAAAUUUUGACAUGCUUAAUUAAAUUAAAAACUGACAUAGUUGAUAGUUUUUGGUCACUAAAAUAAUUUCUUUUGUGUUAAUAGUCAUUAUAGAAUCCUCAUUUCUACAUAUAUGUUGCUAUCUUAAAUCUCAAAUAAACAACCUUAAUUCAAAUUGACGUCAACUGAGUGUGUUCAGAUAUAAGGAUUAUGAUGUGUAGUAAUAGGCUUUUGAAAGUUUUAAGAUAUUCUAUUAGAAAUAAUGUCAUUUUGAUUUAAAUCGUGUGUGCGUGUGUGGUGCUGGUUGUAGAACCCAGGACUUUCACACGUAUAAGACAAGUGCUCUUCUGCUGCACUGUAUCCCUGGUCUGACUGAAUCUUUAGUAGCUGAAUUAGGAAUAAUGAAUGGUUUGGGAAAGGUGCAUUGAGUAACAACACUUAAGUGAGUUAUUUCUUAUAUUUUCAAUAAAAUAAUCAUGUGGCUUAUAAAAUAGUCAUUUCUAUAAAGUUACGUUCCUUAUGUGUUUUAGAACUUUUUUUAAUUUUUACUACCUAUCUACUUAGUAUUUUCUUGUGUUUACUAAUGUAAUCACUUGAAAUUGUUUAUUUUCAAAUUUUAAAAGUUAAUGCUCUUAAAAAGGGCUGAAUUAUAUUUCUGGAAACAGGAGUUGAGUAUAAAUGUAAUAAAAGAAUCUUUUAAAAUAAAAUUAACUUCCCUCCUUAA